GAGAGAAUCGGAGAUCUCGGAGGGGUGGAAGGAGAGACACCGAUGGAAGCUUCUGCGGAAAACGGAGAAUCUACGGGAGUCAGUGCAAUUCGCGUCGCGACGGUCUUCGCUCAUCCGAUCCGUACUCGAAGGGCCAAACGAGGGUUAUAACAACGACGAGAAAAUCUUUCAAAGUAAAUCACGCGAAAUUCAAUGGUAUAACGUGUGCUUACUAUUUAUCGUCACGUUCAUUCUUUUCGUCGCUCGUCCUUCAUCAGUUUUCGUUCAAGAAAUUUAAUCUCCUUUAUCAAAAUAAUUUAUUUCAAGUCGAAUACGAGUGCGUUUACUCAUCGUAUUAAACGUCGAUCGCGAGUGCUAUAUUGGGAAAGUUAAACAGUUAUAAAAAAAAAAGGAAAGGGAAAGAAAAAAAAAAAAAAGAAACAGAAAUGAUAAAAAAUCGAUCGAUUCGUCCUUUCGUACUUUCAAAUAUUAUCGAUCGUCGUGCGUGAUAAAUCCACGUAAACGUUUACGUAAGACGCAUAUUUUAUUUUUUCGUUUCGAUAAAAAAAAAAAAAAAAAAAAAAAAAAAAAAAAAAAAAAAAAAAAGAAACUAAAACAUACAUUACGAAGGAAUUCAUUUGUAUGCUCGACGUUAGAUUACAAAGGAAACAAGAGCGAUCUUUAUCCUUCAAACCGAGUGACACAUCGAUUUUGCGUAUGCUAGCGCGAAGUUCAGCAUUAUUGGAAAAGUACGACGAAGUACUUGAAGUAAAUUUAUAAGACACGGACUUUCCAUCCCGGGCGUUUCAUCAACCCUCUCUUUCUUCAACAUCUUCGUUCCCUUUUUCCCUUUGACGUUCAUCUUUCACUCUUUCACCUCGACCCUUGGCUUUCUUUGGAAGGCUGGCUUUUACCUUUCUAGAACUUCGCUCUAUUUCUUUCUGUCCUUCACUUUCAAGUUCUCGAUUAAAUUGCAUUCAAAACUCAAUUCUAACCAGGUAAUAAUAAUGAUCGGAAGCUCUUACAACAAUUAUGAAUGUAGAAACUUUGCGGGCGAACCUUUGAAAGUUAGUUUCUAUUCGACACCCUGCCCCCCGUAGUCCUUUUCUAUCUUUCUCUCUCCCUGACUCUUUCCAUCUCUCUCCAUCUAACUCUUUCCCUUUCUCUCUCUCUUUCUCUCUCUCUCUCUCUCUCUCUCUCUCUUUCUCUUUCUCUAUCUUAAAUCUGAUAACUUUCAAUAAACGAGAACGAAUAAUGAAAUUUAUCUAUAGUAUCCAUGAAUCAAUCGACUGUUGAAUCGGAAUUCUUUUACAUAUGUACGCCCGUGGGGAAAGAAGUUCUUCCCUUUUACAAUUCGUAACCAUUUCGACGACGAUUCAACAAGCGUUGAAAUUAAUUGUCACGUUUUCAAAUGCGAACGCAUAUGUUUAAAGUCGUUACACAUAUGCGUAAGCACGUUUUCUCGGUAUACAGUGUAAUAUUUAAAUCAAACGUGUACGUUCAUUCAAAAACGUUAUAUUAGUUUGAUAUCACGCAAUGAAAACGAUCGAAUGGAAAACAAUAAUAUCGUAUCAAUGGACGACCUUUUCUGUAUUAAUGAACAUACAAGAUUGUGAUUGGAUAGGUAUACUCUCAAAAGCGUGUUUAUCAACAGAAUCUGAUUUGAUCCUACACGUAAACACGUACUCCUCAGAACGUCAGUAUAUUAUCUGUUAAUCAAUCUACGAGGACGUAUUUUCAAUCUCUCUCGAAUCAUCUUGAAGAAAAACUUUGGAUAUAAUUAAAAGACAUUCUCGUAAAGAAACUUGUAUCUUAAUCCCAGGAUAGAAGUUGGCCUGCAUACGCGUAUAGAUCUAUAGAAGGAUUCAAUUAAUCAUAGAUACAAGUUUGAAGUGGUUCACGAACAAGAUGAUUGGUCCGUGAGAAGCCUCAAGGGAUAUUCCGAAGAGUACGAGAGAGAUGGCAAUAGACCAAUCCUCCAAGCCCCUUGGAAAAAGGUUUCCGUUUGAUCUGGGCAGCAAAGCCACCGAAUAACAAGGCAGGCAAUAGGAUAAAGACCGAGUGCCGGAUGUAGUGAGUGCUUUCGAGAAUGGAGAAGAACGACUUAGAGACAGAAGAAAUAAGAUAAAGAGAAUUGAAAGAAGAAGAAGAAGAAGAGGAAGAAGAAGAAGUUCUUGGUCCUUCUACGAUACGUAAUUUGACCUUAAGAAGAAGAAUACGUUGAAAGUGGAAAAGAGAAAAGAAAGAAAUCGAAAGGAUCUGUUAGUAUUUUAUGGGCGCUCUUGACGCCAAUGAUUUUGUCUUUAGAGAAGAGGAGGAGAACAAGAGGAAGAAUAUAUUUUGGCAUUCAUGAAAAAAAAAGAAAUAAAAUCUAUGAGAAGAUAAUGAAUGUAGGAGGCCGUCCUGUUGGAAUGCAAAUUUUUCCUCAUAAAAUUUCCAUCGAUGUAAAUCAAACUAUUUCCGCUCGUUAUACUCGAUCGAUCGUAUUGGAUUGUUGAAAAAAAAAAAAAAAUAAAAAAAGAAAAACAAAAAAAGAAGAAAAGAAACAAACAAAUACUAUGCCGGGUCGUUAUAUAUUCAUUGACUAAAAGUUUCGCGUAAAGUGAAUAGGUCGAGAGGAGUAUAGGACAGGGGAAAAUAAACGUGUAUACAUACAUAUAAUUUCCGUGUAUACAUAUAUAUAUAUAUAUAUAUCAUUAUAACGACGUAGGUGAUAUCGUGUGCUACUUAUGUCAUUAUUUUGACAUAGAACGCUGGAGACAUAGUGACAUAGCGCGAUUACGUUGUGGUUCUUGAAGUUGAAAGGAAAAAGAAGAGGAGCAAAAAAGCAAAAUUUAAAGAGGAAAGGAGUGUGCGAGGAGCCAAGAAAGAUGAUAUUGAGGCGGAGGACUGAUUGAAGGAGAAGAAGAGAGAGAAAGAGAGAGAGAGAGAGAGAGAGAGAGAGAGAGAGAGAUGGCGACGAACGAGGACACUAGUGUAACGAGUGUGGCGCGUUGGAGUUUAUGGUUUGGUGCCGUACUCCUCGCAACAGCGUCCUUGGUCUAUUCUCAGGUCACGUGGACGCCGAUCUACGUUGGCGGACACAGCGGAUCUGAAAGAAAAGUGGACCUUUGGACGCAGAGCACAACGGGCUGUGCUUGCAGCUUCAAUUCGUCUAGCAACGAGUGCGCUUGUUGCGUACCCUCCGGUGGUUGCAGCUGCGGCACAGCUUCGCCCAACAGGUGCGCUCAAUGUGGCCUCGAGCAACACUGCGCCAACAUGUGCAAUAUAACGCUGGAUAGCAGAUUGUUAUUCAGUAAAUCGGAUCGUGGUUUUGGACAAAUAAAAUCGCCGUAUCUCGAAGGUCCUUCAAGGUGUACGUACAGAUUCGUCCCGGAUACUGGACAGAGAGUCGAAUUACAGAUCUAUCGUCUAGUUUCUAUUGGACGUCACAACGGCUCCGCGUGCCAGGGUGGCUGGCUUCAAUUCGAGGGUGGAGCUCGAGUCUGCGGUCGCAACAAACGAUUCGACCGACCGGUCGUCCUCUUUUCCGACAAGCCGGUCGCGACCCUUCACAUGCAAAUAAACGAGAACACGACGAGAUCCCAAUUCUUGGCAUACUUCAGUUUCUCAUCCAAAGCGAGUACGUCCGUUGGCUGGCCGGUAAAAGGUGGACAUCCGGUUAACAAUACAGAAUGCGACUGGGUUUAUGAGAACACUGAUUGUCACGACGGAUGCGUUCUAGCUAGUCCAGGAUAUCCUGGCCUAUAUCCGCCGAACAUCCGGUGUCGGUAUCUCAUAACUUCUGGUCCACGAGUCUCCAUCGCCAUCAACUUUACCGGCGUUCUACUUCCGCACAAUCAUUGUACGAGCGACUAUAUCGCCGUUUAUUCGGGUCCAACGACCUCGAGUCCGCUCCUGAAAAUGCUCUGUGGCAAAGAGAAAGCAUCGAUGAUGUACAACGGGCAAGAAGUACUCGUUGAAUUUAGAGCUGGCCCAGAGGUAUCUCCAUUUGAUUACAAUGGUUUCGUGGCGACGGUAAAUUUCAUCGAAAUCACAACCGAAAUACCUAAUACGAUUACCCCAGAACCGGCCAAUAAAACUUCGGAUAUCAUGAAAUCGGCUGGGAGUAAUUUUUACAAUGUGAGAUAUAACAAUCGUGACACUGACGAGCACCGUAAAGAUCAAGGAUCUUCGACUGGAUAUAGCUGUGACCUUGAAGUAAACGGGGAGAAAGUUCGUUCAGGUCAUCACGAUACAAGAGGAAAGAUCAAGUCAACAACCUGCCGGCUCGUCCUUCGUGGUGGUACUUAUCAUACCGGACACGUUUCCUUGACCAGUUAUAAUCUCAGCGCGCAAUCGUGUCAAUCGAUGAUCGAGAUAUUCGACGGUAUACCGGAAGGUGGAAUAGCGAACACGGUGAAGUCCCUCGUACGAAUUUGCAGUCCGGCACAAAGGCUACCACGAGAGUUUGCUCGACGAGAUGAAUACGUCGAGCCAAAGCGAUACUCAUCCAACGGUAGAGACAUGACGGUGGUCUUAAGGCGAGCCACAAACAAUACUACUGACGAAGAAUACAUGGACGUAUCUUAUUAUUUUCACAACGAACGCGAAGGUGGUACCCAACAACCCGGAAGCUUAUGCGACGUAGAAUAUUAUGGAUUAACUUCAUUGGAGGAAGGUACCGUUGUACAUCCAGAACCACAUCGAUUGUUCGCCGUAGAGGGUCCAGCAAAAUGCAAACAACAUUUUAUUCCUGCGACCAAUCAGUCGGUCAUUAUAACCGUGGAAAGCAGUUCAAAACAGAUAUCGAAUAAUCUCUGCGAAACGAAAUGCGGCGACAGCGGGUGUCAUUGCGUCAGUAAUAAAUCAUUGGAGAAUAUGGAUCAUCUUCUGCUCGUCUCUGAAACUGGUCAUGUCGUCACCUGUCUCUGCGGAAACUAUCAGGACUGGCUGCCAGUAGGAAUACGAAGUUGGACACCGGUUUAUAUCGAAUGGUCGAGAUUUUCGAUGGGUGGUCUGAAUUUUCGUGCCGCUUAUAA